AUGGAGGUACGACAGGAUGGCUCAGUUUACAACUCAUUCAUGGAAGAGCCUCUCCGUGCUGCUCGACUCUGUUAUCUAGCGAUAACGUCGGUACUGUACCCCCGCCCACCACGCCGCGGCCGCCGCGCCGCACAGGUCAGGCUACUUGCAGUAACUACUGAUAACAGCUCGACAGUGCGCUGCAGUCCUGGGUCCGUGGUCAGUCGAGUCCAGUCUCGUGGUUCAGUCCUGUCGCUGCUCUACAGUUCUAUACUCUCUGCUGACUAUUAUUUCUCUGAAUGUAUAUGUUCAGGUCCUGGUGAUAUCAAAUCUAAAUCCCAAGUUAAAAUCAGGGUUCCUACUGAAGAGUAUGAACACUCAUAUUAUACAAAGAAGAAAACUGAUCCAAAAGCAAUUUGGGAAGUUGAUGAAGUACCUGUAGUUGCUUUCUGUGAUGAUGCAUCCUAUGAUCCUCGGCAACGACCAGAAUUUGACAUAAAAUACCGACAAGCUGUCACUUCAGAAGACUUAUUUUUACAGCUGGGCCGUAAAACUCCAUCAACAGCCAGUUGCGAGGUGAUGGUGAUCUCCCUCUGCCUGAAGGGAGAGAGGAAGGAGGACAUUGAUCUUCACCUGACCCAGCAACACCUGGACCUGAGAUCUCCCCUGUACAGACUCAGUCUGCCGCUGCCUCACCCGGCUGAUCCUGAGUCUUCCAGUGCCGAGUGGGAACCCAGCCUCUCUGUACUCACCGUGUCCUUGGCACUCAGGAGGGAACUGGACUUCACCAACUUUUAAUAAAAAUAUUAUACCUACUCGAGACAUUCUUAUUUAGUCCAAUAUUCAAUCUUAACAAUCUGUUAGGGCAGAACAAACUCUACCAGGAUUCUCACGUUUUUUAAUAAUAUUCUCUGUCCUAUUUAGCUUAUUUUAGUAGACCCUUGAACAUUACAACAAAUCAGAACCCUAUUAUAAGCAACUCCAAAACAAAAUCAAAUAAUUAUUUUGUACAAAUUAAA